UCCAUUGCGCCUUUUCUUGGAAAGUGUAGGAGUUUUUCUUUGCCAAGUCUCAUAUGGCCUGGGUUAUUGUGGAAUUUGUAGAGGCUCUUCUCUGGGCUUGGCAUGGAGAAGGUGGUGGGAAGGCUACUAAAGUUGUUUGGAGCCUUCUCAUUAUGGCUAUUCGUUGGGCUAUUUGGAAAUGAAGGAAUGAACGGUGGUUUAGAAAAGGGAGGUCCAUGGUGGAUGGGGUGAUAAAGACAAUUUUAUGUCUUGUUAAGGAUAAUAAUUCGAGGAAAAAAAAGUUAUGGCGGUGCAUGAGGAUUCAAGUGCUGUUGGGAAGAAAUCAAAUGAUGCUAGCAAUGAUCUGCCGAUUUUCAAUGCCGAUAAUUUGCAAUGCAACAUGAAAAUCAUCUACUACAGCCGUACCUUUGUAUCCAUUAUUGGUGUUGUUGCUGGGAUUGUGGGGCUUACUGGCUUGAUGGGUUUUGUCUUUUAUUUCUUGAUCAUGGCAAUUACUUCUUUGGGACUCAUGGCCAAGGCAAAAUUCUCUGUUCAUGAAUACUUUGAUUGCUGGAAUCGGAUUAUAAUUGAUGGCUUCCUUGGUGGGCUUAUGGUAUGCUGCUAACACUACUAUUUGGUA